AUUCAAUACUUGACAUAAGAUGGCGAAAAACAACAUAAGCCCGAGUAGCCUAUUCAUUUACGGUCCUUGACCAACUGCUCGAUGUAAAUGGUCUCUCUCUCCUUAUUUCUGGAACUUUGUACAAGCACCAUUCAGUUUUUAAUGUUCCGACAGGCCAAUCUUCAAACUUAAGCUACGGAAAGAGGAAGCUGUGCUCGACAGAAGACGCUAUCUUAUGGAAAUGACCGUUUUCGAGCUCGUGGUCGCCAAACAAUUGCUGUUAACGUGCUCAUUCGAGCGGCGAGGCGCAUACCGAGAUCCUGUGAUUUCAUUGCCAUGGUUACAGCGUUUCCACUGGUCGGGUUUUUUUUUUUUUCAUUAUUUCAUUCUGUAACAAAGCUUCAGUAAGCACACAAACUGGAAGGGGGGGGCAGGAUGAUGUCAUCCUUUUUGGUCACUGCCAUUGAAGAAGCUGGUGUGCAGCCUUUCUCCUCUUCAUCCGUCAUCACCUCAUCUUCACCUUCCUCGGCCUUGCGGGGGUCCGUCUGCUUAUUGGGACAACCCGCCGAAGCGCAAUUUGAGCUUCCAGGCACAAAACGGCCUCAAAUGUCAGCGGAGGCCCACUAAAGAAAGCCACCCAAAAUGCGCUAGGAACCAAGACGUAAGCAGCUUAGUUUUUUUAUUCAAUUUUUUAAUUCUCGUGGAUGAUGACCUGGCGGCAGUGUAGCGGGGCUGCCGCUGCCCGGAGAGAAGGAAGAGGAGGAGGAGCAGGAGGAGGAGGGCAGAAGAGGAGGAGACGCGCAGAAGGGUGUCGACGGUGAGCGGAGGCAGGGGUGGAGGAGAGGCACAGAAGGUGGGCGAAAAUAUCCAUGAGGCUUUUGAUGAGCUCGCAAUAAUGGCCGCUAAAUCUGACGGGGUCCUGAAGAUGAAGAAGAGCGACGUGGCCUUCACGCCCCUGCAGAACUCGGAGCACUCCGGCUCGGUGCAAGGACUCCACCCGGGCGGUCAGCCCGACUCGGCGGGCGCCGGGGACGCCGACUUCGCCAACGGGGAGUCGCGAUGCUGCGGCGCCGGCGGAGGCUCCAACUCGGCGUGUCUGCGCUUGGGCAGGGAGCAGGAACAGCAGCAGCAGCUCAAGUACACGCUGUGGGACUGCCUGUGGAUCGUAGCCGCAGUAGCCGUGUAUGUGGCCGACGUGGGCACCGACGUGUGGCUGUCAGUCGACUAUUACCUCCACCGAGACUACUGGUGGUUCGGCCUGACGCUCUUCUUCGUCGUGCUGGGUUCCUUCUCGGUGCAGCUCUUUAGCUUCCGAUGGUUCGUUCACGACUUCAGCGCGGAGGACGCGGCGGAAGCCGCCGCCGAUUGCUCGCACAUGGACGGCAAGAAGCUGCUGAGCGGCUCGGCCUCGCACGGCGACGUGAGCGCUCAGCAUCCUCCGACCACGCCGCAGAGGCAGGCGUCGACCGCCAGUAAAAACACUCCGACCAACAGCACCGGCAGCGCCGCCGCGGGCAGACGGACUCGGAAACGCUCGGCCUCAUACUCCGCGUGGAUGUGGUUUUCUCAGUCCCUCAUCCACAUCUUCCAGCUGGGCCAGAUAUGGAGGUACCUCCAUACCAUUUAUCUGGGCGUUCGGAGUCGUCAGAGUGCCGAGACGGAGCGCUGGCGUUACCACUGGAGGAUGAUCUAUGAGUUUGCGGACGUGAGCAUGCUGCAUCUGCUCGCCACCUUUCUGGAGAGCGCGCCGCAGUUGGUGCUGCAAUUGUGCAUCAUCAUACAGACGCACAAACUUCAGGCUGUGCAAGGUAUGACAGCGGCGGCCUCCCUGGUCUCCCUGGCCUGGGCCCUGGCCUCCUACCAGAAGGCCCUGCGAGAGUCUCGGGAGGACAAGAAGCCCAUCGCCUACCUGGCUGUCAUCAUCCAGUUCUGCUGGCACUUCUUCACCAUCGCGGCCCGGGUCAUCACCUUUGCCCUCUUUGCGUCCGUGUUCCAGCUCUACUUUGGCAUCUUCAUCGUGCUGCACUGGUGCAUCAUGACCUUCUGGAUUGUCCACUGCGAGACGGACUUCUGCAUCAGCAAGUGGGAAGAAAUUGUGUUUGACAUGGUGGUGGGCAUCAUCUACAUCUUUUCCUGGUUCAAUGUGAAGGAGGGGCGGACAAGGUGUCGCCUUUUCAUCUACUACCUGGUGAUCCUGCUGGAGAAUACGGCUCUCAGCGCAUUGUGGUACAUCUACCGCUCACCUCAGCCCACCGACUCCUUCGCUGUGCCGGCGCUCUGCGUCAUCUUCAGUAGUUUCCUCACAGGGGUGGUUUUCCUGCUCAUGUACUACGCUUUUUUCCAUCCAAACGGCCCGCGUUUCGGACACUCGGCCAGCUGCCAGCGCCUCGACCUGGACGCCGGCGCUCAGUUCUCCACGUUGCCCUCCGAGGGCGGAACCAAUUCCCUGCGCUCCAACCGGGGAGCCGCCGCCUCCGCCGCCACGUUGGAACGCGACGCCGGCAAAUACGCGGAGCGGGAUGGCUGCGCGCCGGUGUUUCAGGUCCGGCCCGCCGCGCCGUCCACGCCGUCGUCUCGCGCGGCCCGCCUCGAGGAGACGGUGGUCAAGAUCGAUCUCUGCCGAAACCGCUACCCGGCCUGGGAGCGCCACGUCCUCGACCGGAGUAUCCGCAAGGCGCUUUUGGCCAUCGACUGCUCGCCGACUCCUCCGCGGCUGCAGUAUAAAGAUGACGCCCUGGUGCAAGAGAGGUUGGAGUACGAAACCACGUUAUAGUGCUCCCGAAGCUCCACUCGCAAUCGGCCAAACCGACGGGGGCGACCGCAUCUUGCCACCCCGUCUGGUCCCUCCCCCCUUCUUUCUCUGUCCGCUCUGUGACCUCUCAGCGAAAAAUGGGCCCCGCUGACACGAUCGGUGGAGAGGCGACGCUGGUCACGAGCUCCUCUUGCGUUUGUUUGAUUUGGAUUGGAUUGUCUUGACUUGGGCUCGUCAGGGAAUCCGUUCCUGUGUGCUAUCGGAAGAGUCCAUCGCACGGAGCGUCGAAAAGCUCAAAGCCUCAAAAGAGGCGGGUGCGGCUGUUUGAUCCCAGGUUGGCGUGGGGUGAGGUCACCUAACUCGAGUUCAAAAUCAUCAGAUGUCGCACGUGUAUCCUGAAAUCACACUUGAAUUUCUGAGGAACACUUGGUUCG